CCUGAAGAACUAAACAAACUGUCAGGGUGGCUGAAGCGGCGAAGUUGAUAUUAAACCAGCUUAAGACCAGCUCUGCGAAUAUUUUUGAUAAACUGUCAAAAAUGGGGGCAGUGACUAGCCUUUAUUGACUAAGGUUACUUUACAGUUAAAAUACGCUUCCAGGUACACACUCGCCUCACCCAUACAGGCGGACUUAGCCGAGUCUGAAAUGAGGCACCCCGACAGAAACAAGCUUGCAUACACGCAGCCCGCUCUCUAACCCUUUCAUGCACUGGCCUGGAGGCAUAUUCAGUCUGGCAGUAGAUCCCUUUGGAUUUCUGCAGCUUCUGAAAUCAUUUUUCUGGGCUGCAGGCAGGCCUUGAUGCCUGUAGAUAGUCCCUCUGUCACUCCCACAGGGGAUGUUCAUUAAAUUCCUCCAGUCGUGCUUUAUUUUUUUUUUUCUCCUUCCCCCUUCCUUUGUUGUCUCAGCUUCACCCGUCGUGAACCUGGGCUUUGUGCUAAUACCUGAUCUUCCCCUCCAUUCUGUGCCAGUAGUCCAGUUCACUAUGAGGCUCUAUAUAUUACAUUAAUUCUCAAUGGUGCUUUUAGUUGACAGCAUCUGCUACCAAAGAGACAGCCAAGCAUCCAUUGAAGGCAAUUCUGAUAACAGCUACCAAAAGCAAGACCUGGCUGACAUUAUCCACACACAGAGGCUUUGUGCUUUAAUUUGACACACUUGUGAUGUCGUGUUUUAGCAUCAGACUGUGCAUGUGCAUGUUGAGCUUGCCUCUGGGAGUCAUGUGCAGCACAGACGGGGGGCAGCCGGCUGGCUUCUCUCUCUUUAACUCGCGGGGUUACACCGGCUUAGUGCAUUUUAUUUACUCACUCUAUCGAUCUGUGCCUUCAGCAACACAGGGCCCUGCGGAACACGUUCACUGCCAUUCUCACACAUUUCCAUGCGCUCAGCUCGGGCUGCCCGCGCCACUUUAUCUAGCCGCCAUUGGCUUCAUUGACAGCAGGGAAAUGUAAGGCCAUCUGGUGCUUUUGAGCCGUGUAGGUGGUUGCAAAGCAGUUUGCCAAAAACUCCCUGUGAAAUUGCCACAGUGAAUUUCUUUACACAUCCCCUGACUUUGCGUGUUUAAUUCCUGCACACGCUACAUUUUGUCAUACAGUGGAACCUCUGUGGCUGAACAUAAUCCAUUCCAGCAUGCUGCUCAACCUCCCGUUUGUUUGUAUUGGAACAUUUUCUCAUCGAAAAAAUGUAAAUAAUCAGUUCUAGGGUCAAGUUGUUGACAUACAAACAAAACCGACCAUACAGACAGCUUUUAAGUAUCAUCUUUUUUCACCCUUAAAUAUAACUCUGGCCUCUUUCACAGACAAUUCUGCAUAAUAGAAGUACAGUAGAUCCGGUAUUUAUUUGUAUCUGUGCUUUUCACACAAAACCCACGUCUGAAGUGUCAGAUGUUAAACUUGACACUGCAGUGCCAAUAUCAUGGCUUUCCCUUAAACACGGGGUCGUCACACCUCUGCUACAGCUCAUAUACUACCUCCAGACCCAGGACAUUGCAGACUUUAGCCCCUUUCACACAGAGGUCCUGCAAAAUUGGAACAUUACAGCUGAAACAGUACCGUAAAUUCGGCAUUUAUUCGCGCUAAGCGAUGACACGGCACACUGCAAUCAGUGACGGUUGCUUUCAACACAACAGGGAGGGAGAAGUGAGUGUUGGAUGUUAAACUUCACACUCCAGUCCGGGCAUCACUUUACACAGUUAAUAUCCCGCCCCUGUUACAGCUGCCUGUUCCGGCAACUGCAUCAUUGGGAAAAUGUGUGAAUGUGGUUAAAUAUUGGCAAUAAAGACCAGCCUUGGGUUUUUUGCAAAAAAAAAAAAAAACUAAGAGAGCAAAACCACACCCAGAUUCUCCAGAUGUGGAGUCAUCUUGCGUGACAUGCUGACAUUCACACGACUUCAAGCAGGGCAGUGUUAGACAAUUAGAUGUUCCACAUGGAUAUGUUUUCACAAAAACAGUCAAAACUUGUGAGGUUCCACUGUACUUGUGCAGAAACAUCAGCUCGGACGACACACACAUACACACACACACACAUACACACACUCCACCCAAAGGAAGUGCUGAUUGGCUUGAGAGAAAUGGCGAACGAUAAAUGAAAAAGAAGGUGUCGAGAGGCAGGUGGCGUCUGCCGCUAUUCAAUUACCAUCAGAGCUGUAUUGGAUCCCCUCCCCCAACUUUUCAAAAUAAGGCGACAAAUUUCUGUCAAGCCCCUCUCUGGAACCCACGGGAAGAAUCCCAUUAUUUUUCCCAGGCUGCCUGGAAGCCAUUACCCUUCACCUACCCUUCCGCCCCCCUCAAAAAGAGUCCCCCAUUGAACACUGAGCACUGUGGAAUUUAAUGACUUAACUUAUGCAUAUUUGAAUAUGAUGCAGAAAUCCUGAAAAAAAAGGAUGUAUUUUGUUUUCUACUGUAUUUUUUCUGUGUUAAUACAAGCUACGUGAUGUGCAUAUAUGUACUAUAACCUGUAUUACGUUGCAAUUCAGUGUAUUGUUGUAUUAUCCCAGCAUUAUUAUGAUAACGGUUAAAGAAAAUGUGAAUGUUGCUACUGUAAUAUAUGACUGCUCAAAGUGAAUGGUUUCUAACCUUGUGGACCUGUUACAAUCUAGGUGCAAUGGCUACUAAAGUGAGACGGCAUGACACGCGGGUCCAUCCUUACCAAAGGAUUGUGACCGCUGACAGAGCCGCCACCGGCAACUAACACAUGACCUUCUGACCUCUGAACUCUUCACCCAAUGACGAGCCGCCCCAAGCCUGCCUGCUGAUCAGUUAACUGGUAAUUUGCCUUUCGCUAGCCUCUCGGACGCAAGUGACAGAGAGAGAGAGAGAGAAAGAAAUAAGAGGGAGGCGCCUACCCUAACAAAAUCUUCACACAAACAUGACAAAAAAGUUGUGUAAUACUCCAUUAUUUUUUCAUUUGGUUUUUGGUUUUCACCCUCCCCACACACCCCCCGACCACACCCUCCCCUUUCCUUCUGUUCAUUGAGUUCAGUUCCCAUUCUUUCUCUUUCUUUUUCUUCACGAGUCACACAGCGGGUGGGAUGUUUGUGGUGUUAAUCAUAAAUGUGCACUGAAGUUUAAUAGCAAUAAGAUGCCAACCAGAACCCACCCGUACCCGUGGGGGCGUGAAUCACCAAUUGUGGGUCUAGAAUGGCAACACAAUGCCCCUCAAAAAAAAAAAGAAACUGAAAGAAAAAGAAACAGAAGGAAAGAGAACACUCACUCUCUUAACUUGGAUUUUCUGUCAACAUGUUAGCAGUGUGUUAGCUGACACAUUCUGGGUGUGCCGCCCUUUUUAGCCUUGCCCCCAAACAGCUUUUUGUCUGAUUGGUGAAACAAAUGCAUGGCUGUCAUGAUUGCAAACAAUACGCUUUGUUUUUUUUUUUCUUCUUCUUUUAUAAUCUGUGUUUUUAUUUUUGAGGGAUCUGCGCUUAAUUUUCUGUUCACAUGUGUUGUGCGGGCGGGUGAGUGUUUUUUUUUUCUCUCACGCUAAAGCGGCAGCCUGCUAAAGCUAAGAUGGAAUGGUUAUAAUUUGGGAUGAAGGGUUUAUGUUUGCGUGGGUGUGCAUUCUUUUGUGUUUUUAUUUGAAAUACUAUGAUGAAAGUAGGGUGUUAUGAGGCUUUGGGGCAUCCCUCCCCUCGGCCUCCGCCAUUCACACUACAUCCAUUUUACAGUGCCUGAUGCAUUUAGAACAACAAAAUGAGUUCGCUUAAGCUGUGAUGAUCAAAAAGACAAAAAACAAAAAACAAAACAAGUAUUAAGUGUGCGUAUUUAGCCAAAGGGUUUCCUAUGAAUUAUUAUGAUUAUGAUUCUGCAAAUAUGCAUCUGUCUAGCAGAGGGUGUGGUUUUAAAAGUUUGCAAAGGUGUGGAUUUGCGGUGCCUGCCUUCAACUGGAUGAGGCAACCAAUCAGUUAGCAUUUUGUUUUUGUUAUUCCUGAGGAGCAGGGAAAAAAAAACACACUAAAAUGACUACGAGAUUGCCAUAAUUACUAGAAAUAAGGGGCACUCGCUUUUAUGUUUUCCUACACCGUGUCGCCAGUUUUUUGUGGCGUUUUUAAUUAUUAUAUUUAGCCGAUUUAUUUUACACAUCGGAAUGCGCCAACCUGAAAGUGCAUCCACAAUGUGUCACAACCCCCCCAACCCCCAGCCCUUCCACAAGUUUUGUUGAACUCUCUCAAGAAAAAAAAAAAGGAUGUGAAAGCCAUGCCUGCCUGUUUAAAUUGCUUUAUACAUACGUCUUAUAUACACGUGUGUGUGUAUAUAUAUACACAUAUAUGCAUAUAUAUACAGUGUGUGUAUAUAUGUGUGUAUAUAUACAUAUAUAUACAUAUACAAAUGUAGAUACGCCGUUGCAUAUAUAAAUACAGAUGCGAACAAAAACAUUGAUAAUUUUACAGGGUGCUGGUGUAGAGAGAAAAAAAAAUAAUUCUAUUUUUGGCAAUUUUAGCUUUUGAUACUUUACUUGCAGAUACAAAAUCUGGGGGGAAAAAAAAGACAAAAAAUGGGUGAGGACGUGCAAAUGCUGUUGGCCUGGUAUUGACUGGAAAGGAAGGGUUUUUAAAGGAAAAAAAAAACGAAAAAAAGUGCCUUAUCGAGAGUGGUUUCUGUUUUUCUGAGUAGUCCAGUUGAGUUCAGUAAGCGAAAAAGAAAAAAAAAAAAUAUAAAAAUAUCCCAGCACCCACCCAAGAUGGCGCAGCAGAGCAGAGCGGCUCGUGAUUUUCUUUUUUUUUUUUGGCCGCCUCUGCCGCCGCUGCCAUCGUCGUUACUCUAUGCAACCAGACUUAGCUAACCAGCUAACUAUGUGCCAUGUUGUUGAUUUUUUUUGUCUUCCUCGGAUUACUUUUUUGGUUUUCUUUUUAACUUGACGGCCCUUUACUCUGCUGUACGAGCAGGCUCCUGAUUUUUUUAAGAAUCACACCAUUGUUUUCUUUUUUGCGUGUGCGCGUGACUUAACUUCCUAGAAGAAACGGCGCUAACUGUAGCAAUGCAGUAGGACACAUUGAGUCGAUCGUGAGCUGAGAAAAAUACAUCCACAGUGUUUGUUUCAACGACAUUUGAAACAACGUCACUAAAUCCACAUUUAUUAUCUAUUAUUAGCUUUUUCGUUCAUGGCUUUCUCAUCAAGCCGUAAAACACACCAAAAGGUCAAUGAAAUUAACUUUUCUUCCAGUGUUAUUCUUCUGAUAUUAUUUAGAAAAAAUUGAAAUGCAAUAUUAAAAGCGGAGACGGCUAUUCAGCGUUUGACAGUAUUACGAGAAGUCCCUCCGUGAUGUUACACGCUACGGUGUCAUUGUGUUUGGCUGUCCAUCAGGUGGAAAAGUUGAAAGACGUUACCGACCAUAUUCUCUUCUCUUGGCCUGCCUAUUACACAUGUAUGAUAAUGUAAUUAACAGCCAUUGUUACAGGUUUAUAAUGUAUUUUUCUAAUCUCAUUUUAUAUGUAUAUUAAUCAUGUUUCUGAGUGCUUUUUUAUGACUCCCCCCUGUCCCCCAAACCCUUCCUUCUCCUCCCCUUUGCCCCCUCCUUCACUUUUUAAAGUGUCUCUGGUGGGGAAUGUUGCCUUCCCCCCCUCCCCUGUUAAAAUUAUAUUUUGUUUUAAUGCCCAGCUUGUUUAACUCAUUAGCUACUUGAUUAGUUUUUUUUUUUUUUCCUUGUCAUAAGUAUUUUUACAUGCUUGCCAUUUAGUUUUCAUGGUGUAUGCUGUUAUUUUUUUUUCUUAUUAACCUCUUGGCAUUUAUUUUAAUAAAACAUUCUUAGUAAGAAUUUUACUAACUCGCUGAUAUUUUUGUCUUGUGUUUUUAACCAAUUUCAUGAAUGUAUUGACUAGGUCUGGUUCACGGACUAACAGAAUUAAAAACUGGUGACUCAUGGACACUCACACUACAAACGCGCACACCGAGAAUGUCUUCUCAUGGAAGUUGGAGUAGAAAAUCGUACCAAAAAAACAAAACAAAGAGGCUAUUUCUCACUCAAUACUUACUCCCAAACAAACAAUGGGCUUCACAAACUAGAUUUGCAACGUUUCAUUGAUGAUUAAUCGAUUAUCCAAUUAAUUCACAACUAUUUUAAUAUUAGAUUAAUCUUUUUUUGUUAAAAAAAUGUAAAUAUCCUCUGAUUACAGUCCUGCAAUGUAGUUGAGACAAAAUCAACAGUGCCUCUGCUGGUUGCAGUCCAGUACUGCAUUCCAUUUUGGUUCAAUUGCUUCAAAACUGAAUAAUCGACAAAAAACUCCACGCAAAAGCACGCUACUUUUUUGUUUUGUUUUUUAAAGAAUUUGACCUAAACUAUUGUCUUAAAGGAAAACCGCACAUAUUGUGAAUUUUGUCCAUCAUUCACAAUCCUCAUGUCAAACACGAUCACAUAUUUCUUUUUUUGUGUGUUCUAGCGAGAAAACAAGUUAGUUUGAGCUAGCUAACAACGGACGUCUUGGAGGUACAUAUUUUGACGCUAAAUCCCUAACAAAAAAAAACCAAACGCCAUGGAUAUAAUUGACUUGUAUAUUAAGGUACAGCGAUAUUGUUAUUGUAGCAGCCAAAACGAAACACUAUAUCUGGCCGAAAAACACAACGCCUCGCUUAACCGCCCGUCUCAGCAUCACUCACAGAUGGAACAGAUGGAAAAGUGAAUACACAGUUCUCAAUUUCACUAGGAAUACUACCUGAGGACGGGAACACACAGCCAUCCCAAUGAGAGCUGACAUAGUAAGUGUUGUCGUUCUUUCUGUCUAUGCUGCUGUUGUUGACAGAAGUUGCAUUAGUCAUUAGCUAUACGGGCCAUGUGAAGUCAACGCUUCUCGUUAUGGUAAUGUUUUAAAUCAUUAAAAUACAGCAAGAUACUGUAAGUACUACAUGUUAUUAUCAGUGUACUUGUUAAUGCAUGAGCACAGCUUGUAUAUCAAACGGACUUAUUAGUCGAAAUAGGUACCUCCUAUUUACAUGCAUUAUUAGCAAGCUCAUACGGACUUGUUUUCUCUUAUUAGAAUCCACAGAAAAUUGAAAGAAAUAUAUGUUUAUGUUUCACAUAAGGAUUGUGAAUGAUGGGCAAAAAUCAUUUUCAACAUUUUACCAGCCUUUUUCUGUAGUUUGUGUAUACGUUAUACCGCAAAUAGGACAACGGUAAUGAUGACGGGGCAGUUUGUCGACGGUAGAGUUCACUUCAAAUUUUUGUAUUAAAGGUUCGAUAUUGACCGUGACUGUGAACAGUAUAAUUGCCUAAUUUGAACUAAAAGCUCAACAAAAAUCCUGCAUAUUCAAUAUUUUUUUUGUCUUAACAAAGUAUUUUCUACAUUGUAAGGUUAAAUAAUCCAGAAAAAAAUCUGAAUGACAAAAAAAAUAAUUUAGCAAAAAUGCUGUCAACGGGAAGGUUAGCUACCUAUUUGUUGAUUUUGUGCUUUUCUACUAACUUUCAUAAUUGACACAAUGACAGCAAAGUAGUUGAGAUAGACUCAAGAGCGCCUCUGCUGGUUGCAGGCCAGUAGUGCACUCCAUCUUGGCUCCAUUGUCUCAAAACUUUUAUCAGUAAACAAGUACACUCAAAAACACCUUUUUUUUUAACUUUCUCUCAAAGUUUGAUCUAAAAUUUUGUCUUAAAGUUGAGUUAGCAUCCCAAAUUGUAGGAAAACACCAGAAAAAAAUGUUUGGCUAUUGAAAAAGGCGGUAAACAGUCGAACUUUGUAUUGUGCGUUCACUAUUAAAAGUGACUUAUUACUUAUGUAAUAAUUCUGAACUAAAAAUAAAUACAUUUUACAUGGAAAUAUGCCUCAAACCUUACCGUUGUUACCAUGUUUCUUUUGCUGCCCGGUUAAACCUUGUGCAAGUCCAAUGUUACUUGGUUAUAAAUUCAAAAUGGCUGGCGUUUUUUGAUGCGUACGAAAAUCCUACUAAAUUCCCAUGAGAAGGAACCUCACCAGCAACAUGACAAACACGAUCUAACUGGAAAGUGCACGAGUUGAUGCGCGUCCCUCACUCCUGCUCACGCAUUUCUCACCUCUGUGCUGAAAACGUGAACUCUGCUGCCACUCUUCAUACUUUUGCCCUGGCUCGCCCCCAAACACCGCUGCUGGUCUCUUCUGGAGACCGUUCUUUCUCUUUUUUUUGUUGUUUUUUGUUUUUUCUCCAUGUCCUGUCCUUCUGUGUCUCGCACCCUGGGAUGCGACAGGAUGAUUACUAGCAGGAAAAAAAAAAUCAUCUCUGAGUUUGACUCUAUGCCAAAACACAUCACCUGAAAGGGAUGCAUUUCAGGAGCGGGGCAUGUCGUCAUCGUGGGGGGGGGGGGGGUGCAUUUAAACACCAGCGAGGGAGUUUUGUCAUGUUGAGAUAGCAACGUUCUAUUCAUCUCCAGCUGGUGCAGCAUUGGUGUUAUUGAUAACAGCGCUAAUACCAAACCCUGAGGGAACCUGCAUCAUCAAACACUCUGCAACCACACGCCAGUAUAUGAACUACUUAGGGAUCAAAACAAUUGCAUUAUUCCUUCCCAAUAUGGAUUCCAGCUAUUUAUUAUUUGAGUUUUGUAUUCAUUUACUAUUGUCUCAAACACUGCCAGUGUCAUUCUACUGCUUUUAUUCCUCCCUCCUGUACUCGAGGUGUUGUCGCUGACACACAUUGGAAAAGAUUAACGUCAUUAAUCCUUAUUAUUGCGCCUACACGGCUCUUUUUUUUUUUUUUUCCUCUGGGCAACUCGGCCCUUCGUGAUUCUUCUCGAGCGCACAAUGAGAUUAAACAUGUUUAACAUCAACGUUCAUAUGAAUUAAGUGAAUUAUUAAGAAGUCCUGUCAUGACUGGAUUACAUAGAGUCAGCACAAACCUGCUAGUGUUUUGUUUUUUGUUUUUUUCUCCUCAAAUAGUGGCCUUUACUUUAAUAAACGGAAUUUCUGGGUUGAUUGCAGGAUGCGGCAACCACAAAAAAAAAACUCAGAAGAUUCUGCAGUAAUUUUACAAGAAUAAAGUCAGAAUAUUAAGAUAAAACAGAAGUAAUCUAACAAGAUUAGAAGUUCCAAUUAAUUAGUUCUAAUCUAAAUAGUAGAAUUAAACUACAAAUACUAAAAAAAAAAAAAAAUCCCCCAAAUUCACCCCAUAUUAAGAAUGAAUAAAAUGUAAAUUUUUGGACAAUAAUUUCUGAAUAAAGUCAGAAUAUGGGAAUAAAGUCAUAGUUCCGAGAGUAAAAUUUGUUCUUAAAAUUUUCUUAUUUACCUUUUUUUUUUUUUACUAAUAGGUUGAGCAAAGUGACAAGGGAUUACUAUAUUAUAGGUUUUAGUACAUAAAGAUUUUGGGUAUCAAUCCCUUUUUUAGCAGGCGGCACGGUGGUCGAGUGGUUAGCGCGCAGACCUCACAGCUAGGAGAUCAGGGUUCAAUUCCACCCUUGGCCAUCUCUGUGUGGAGUUUGCAUGUUCUCCCCCGUGCAUGCGUGGGUUUUUUCCGGGUACUCCGGUUUCCUCCCACAUUCCAAAACCAUGCUAGGUUAAUUGGCCACUCCAAAUUGUCCAUAGGUAUGAAUGUGAGUGUGAAUGGUUGUUUGUCUAUAUGUGCCCUGUGAUUGGCUGGCGACCAGUCCAGGGUGUACCCCGCCUCUAGCCCGAAGACAGCUGGGAUAGGCUCCAGCACCCCCCGCGACCCUCGUGAGGAAAAGCGGUAGAAAAUGAAUGAAUGAAUCCCUUUUUUAGUCAAGGUCCACUGGUGCAUGCAUACAUAUAGAUACCUUACUUCAAAUAAACACCAGUCGGCUACUAUUUAAGGAAAUGCGGUCGGAGCCCGUCCAGUUCCAAAUGUGGGAAAAGCACAAUAAUAAGACGCCCCAAAUGCUGCCUAUAAAAAAGUGCCUUCUUUUAUGGUAAAUCACUCAAGUGCCACUUUUGUCUCCCACUUUCUUUCGUUUGAGGCGUUUUGUUGAGCAGAAAAACACAAAUAAAUGUGACACACGUUCGAUUAGACCGCUGAAAAAGACGCGUCUCAGGGCAUUCAGUGUAUUUGACUUUCUUUUGUUGGACCUACUAACGUUUCCCACCUAUCCAUCUUGCCUUGUUUCUGGCUAACAAACAUUCCUUACAUGAGUUAAAUGGCAGGUUUGUCACACUCGUGUGGAAAAAUGCCACCAAAAAUUUCAAAAAUAUUUUAGCCCCACUGGAUUUUCUUUUCUUUUAAAAUACUAGAAUGUUCCUUAUAGUUUCGAAUAGUGGUGCACUACAAUGUGUGUGAUGUGUAGUAGUUUUGUGUUGUUUUUUUAAAGAGGGGUUAGACUGAGAAUUUUUGGUGUCAAACAUGUAAAUGACAGUUUUGUUGCUCACACCAAAAAAAAAAAAAAAAAAGGGAAAAGAAAUGUGUGCAAUAAAGAAUCAUGUAUACAAGUGUGACUUCCCUUCUACUCUACUGCUUACUUUUUAUCCCUGACAUCGUCGCUUUGGAUUUACGGGGACCUUUUUGGCUUCCAAAGGUAAGUUAUUUUUAUUUUCCCCAGAAACGGCAGAAAGUGAAUGUUAAAGUUCACAGCUGGCAGAGUCACUGAGAAGAAAAGUGAAGAGUGGCAUUUUCUUGUUGUAUCAUUGUGGGGUUUUUUGUGUUUUGUUUUUUUUUUAAUGUUGACUUUCACUACAGUCAGUCCUGAACCACAUCUAGUUGUUUCUUGUGGCAUAUAUAUAUAAUAUGAAUAUAUAUUAUAUAUAUAAAUAUAAUAUAUAUAAAAUAUAUAUAAUAGUGACUUCAUCAAGAGAUGGGGCGUUGAAACGACUAAAUAAAAAAUGUAUAUGUACUGUACAUGCGUCUCAACAGCAACAUUCUCUAUUUAUAUAGAGGGCAUAGUUGACAUUUUUUAAAUAUUCCUUUAAAUUCAUGGAAACUAAAUGACAUUUAACACCAUAUAUUUAAUACAGAUUAUAUAUUUUGUUUUUUUUGUUUUAAAAAACAGACAAAAUUGGAAGAUGAUUGUUUUUUUACUGGACAAUGAAUUUUGUACUUAAUACAAACAGUGUAGAGUACAGGAUAGUCACUAAUGAAAAACAAAGGUUUGGUUGAAAACAUGACUUGGAUAUGAACACUAUGUUCUGUUUGAUACAGAUUCAUUUAUUAACAGCUUACAAUAAAAAAUAUCAGUUAUAGAAAUUCUGAUAAUGUCUUUUUGUGUAUGUCUUAGAAGCUUUUAAGAUUGUGUAAUAAUGUACGGAUGACCUGUUGAAAUUAAGGAGUGGAGAGUGGUCACCUAAAAAUCAAAAUGGCGCCCUCCGUCCAAUCAUAUCUCAAGCUUUCAUGAACCAGGAAGUAGUCAGCUUGCUAAUAAACAAGCUACUAGUACCCUUCCUUUACAACACCUAAUUAGUAGCACAGUCCGCCUCCAUUUUACACGAGACAUCAAACCAACUAAUCAUUUGCUUAAUAAAGUGUAUAAAAACACGUGUUAAUAAUAAUAGUAAAUAGUAAUUGAGCCUUGCAGUCGGUGCUUUAAAACAGUAGCCUGCCCCUGUCACCCUCCGUCCAAUCAUAUCUCAAGCUUUCAUGAACCAGGAAGUAGUCAGCUUGCUAAUAAACAAGAAAUGGUAGUACCCUUCCUUUACAACACCUAAUUAGUAGCACGGUCCUCCUCCAUUUUAGACGAGACAUCAAACUAACUAAUCAUUUGCUUUUAUUACCAGUAUUUAAUAAACUAGUUAAGUAAUGCUGUGUUUAAUUUGUUGGAGGUUGGCUGUGCCCCUUUUCAAGAUGGCGGCAACUAAUGUGAGCACACCAUGCGGCUACAUCACCAUCAGCAAUUGCAUUCACACUUAUAAGGAGAAAAUUAUGGAAAUAUGUCAUAAAUGUGGAUAAACGUCAUGGAUAAAGGAAUCUGGACAUCAACAGGAAGUGAAAACAGAUGAAAGAGGAGCGGCGAGAGCAGUUUCAACUCUUGUGCAAAGACUUUCUCUGAAGUGUUUUGCCGGAUUUGUGUCCAUGCAUGUAAAAGUCACAGCCUGGUGGCGAGCGUCGGAGCGUGGAUGUUAAGGCUGCUGGUGGGACGUCCGGCGGAAGGGGCCCGAGGAUCACCGUACCAUGGGGUCCCGCCCAGGAGAUGGCCAUGUCGUUGGUUGGGGCACUCUCCUGGCUGUCCUGCCUGCAUGCGGCCCGAGGAACACGCACUCUUGGGUGACACCGGUGGAAGGAGCUCUUCGCUUGCCUCGCGUGGUUCGAGUGGGAUGGAAGAACAGCACCAAUAAUCGCACGCAGGAUAACUUCCGCUGCCCUGCGUGGUCCGUCUGCCAGACUGCAAACAUCACCGUGGAUUGCGACCCCUACCAAGGACCACACGCAUGGUCCAUGAUCCUGAGAACGGGAUGCAACGUCACCGUUGAAGCUGAAGCAAGCCUCUGUCGAUUAACGGGAAAUCCCUUCCUGACGGAAAAUCCCUUCACAUUUCGUGAGGACGUAUCAUGCUCAUCGACCAAUGGGAAGCAAUGGACGGUAACAUCAGGCGACACUGACAUCUGGAUUUCGAACUCAACGGAGAUCACGGGACGCAGGUCAACAAUCUGGGUCAUUUUGGUAGUACCACAACACCAGCAGGUGACACACCCUACGUUAGUGCCAAUAGUGACAUCAUGCACACACAUGGCGUACCAGAUGACACAUAAUGAGAUUCAUUGGGAGAUAAGGUUGCCAUCGAUACCAACCUGCAAGCCACGAAGGAACAAACGAGCGUGGUAUGAUACACUGUUAGGGGGAACAGGAACUUUGUUAGGAGUAUCCAACACCAUUGAUGGGGAAGUGACACGAUCCAUGUUAUCAUCCACAGGUCAGGCCACAGCUCAUGGGUUCCGCAGGGUGGCACAAUGGAUGCCUACAACUGUAGAACUACAGAAAGGGGGAGCUCAUGUACUAGACGCAUUUCUGGGGUGGAACAUUGAUAUGUGGGAUGCAACAUCAGGAGUUUUACACAAUGUUAGGAUCGCGUUGAAUAGUACCAAAUGUACCUUGCAAAUGCUUAAUGCUAAAGUUCAGCAGGAACGUUUGUUGAGAACAUUGACCUCCUCAGCAGUGCAGCUGUGGAGACACUUAUGGAACAUAUCGGACCGCGUAUGGUUACAAGUUAAACCUAGCCUGACUCAGUGCAAUGAAACACACUGUCAAGGAAUGUGGUUGGAAGUAAACGUAACCCGACCCAUGACCAUAUGCAGAUAUCGGAUUUUGCCAUUAAUAGUGGGAAACCAUUAUUAUUUCUUGAAAACGCAUGGGGACUGGUUUAGUCCACAGACUAACCUGACUUAUGAUCUGGAAGGUUGUGACGUAAUGGACAAGGGGACUGUAUGCUUACAAAUGCAAAUAUAUCGAGACCCAUGUUUUACGAAUGACACGGCACUGUGUGAUUGGAAUGUGGAGAAGCCUGAGGACUUGCUAUAUCAGGUAGGGCCCCACUCUAUUUGUGUAGCAACAGUGAAUCCACAUCCCCAGUUGCCAACGACACCGUUUUCCGGAUGUUUAUGGGACGUGCAUCUGUUUACCUGGCACAAUCAAUCGUUUCGAUUUUGCACAAAUUUCAGUUGGACAAACCGACUGUCUACUGUGCAAUGGCAAGCCCUAUCGCUGCCUUGGCGGGUGGAUCUGACACGCUUCAGCAGCGCACUGAACCGUUCAGAGACACUUAAGCAUCUUGUGAAAACUCAUUUGGCAGAUGUGUCCAGGUUGCAGGUGUCCACCAUGAUCGCCCGGAAUGAGGUGGUACAUGCCGCCAGAACGAUUGAGCAAGCUUCGGCCCAUCACUGGUGGGAUAUAUUUGCAGGAAUGUCGAUAACAGCACGGCAACACUUAGCCCCUCCAUUAUUGGUUCUUAUCAUAUGCUUGGCUUUGAUGACUUUACUUAACUGCUGCAUGUUUUGGUAUAUUAGACGCACCCGAGCUAUUUUGUCGCGACGGAUUUAUAACGCAGUUUCUUGAAUAAUGAAAAUAGAGCUAUACGAUGAUUUGGGGCCGUUUGGGAGGGAGAUAACAAAGAUGGUUGUGGAAGCUGACCCUCCGGGUCAUCAUGUAUCCUGGUGGCCAAGGCGUUCGGACCCCCUGCAUUUAACAUUUCCUGAUCGUAUCCGUAUGUAUCGAUUUGUUAUUGGGCACAUGUUAAGCGGGAGUCAUGACAUUAUGAUGUUGUUUCACCAGGGGGAUGCCUAUGUCAAUUGGAUGUUUGAAAAUGAGGAUGAUCUACCUGAACGGUUUAUCAAUUAAGUGGUGGUUUCAGCUCAGGCCACAGGGUGGGAUGAAAGAAGAGAUAGUUAUUUGUGUUGUCCUGAGCUGACCCACAUGGUUACGCAGCACACGUUUUGUAAAAUGGGGGUGAUCUACCUGAACGGUUUAUCAAUUAAGUGGUGGUUUCAGCUCAGGCCACAGGGUGGAAUGAAGGAAGAAAUUGUUAUUUGUGUUGUCCUGAGCUGACCCACAUGGCUAUGCAAUGCAUGUUUUGUACUUGUUCUUUACACUCAUAUACUUGUUUUUGCGACAGCUAUAUAACCUGCUUCGCACACUUUUACACUCAGAUACUUGUUUUUGCGACAGCUAUAUGACUUGCUUCGCACACCUUUUGAGUUCUCACACGUAUAUAACUUGUUUUUAACUUGUUCCGGCAACGGGGUAAAUAUUAUUCCCAUAUCCUGAUAACGAACUAGAAUGUUGUGAGAAACGAACUAGAAUGUUGUGAGACAUUGAGGUGCCUGAGGCAGAGGACGGAGGUGACGACUCCUCUCCUGCGGAGACAGGCUGGCCACCUGUUUUCGCACGGGCGAGUCUAUAAAGCAUUUGUUUUCUCAAUCCCGGUUAGAGUCUGCUGUGAACUGUGCACGAGUGUCCAGCUUUCGGUUUCCAGAUUACUCUACCGGGGUGUUUUGGCUCUCCGCCCUCUGUCAACGGUAAGGUAUGCUAUUCUGGAUCUGAACUGUGUUGUUUGGAGUGUUAUGUGGGGGCAUGGGGGUGACAGCUUGUGUCUAGCAUAAUAACUCAUGAUGGGAAAUGUUGUGAACUGCUGUGUGUUUUAUCAUUAAAUAUCAUUAAUAUACAUACAGUCGUUGUUUGUGAUCAUUUCUCUGCUGCGAUCUCUCCGAACCUGUAACAAGCUAUUUCA